UUUGGGUCAAUUUCAUUCAAUGCCUCCUCCACCGUUCACCGCACCGCCGUUUUCACAUUACUCCGUACCAUAUAAGAAGCCAGCCCAGCUAGAUCGAUCUGAUCAAUUUCCUGUACCAGCUAUUCACUCGACGGAGGGAUGGGUUAUUCCGACGACGGAGAGGGCGCGGAGGAGUACCUCUUCAAGAUAGUCAUCAUCGGCGACUCUGCGGUGGGGAAGACCAACCUCCUCUCCCGCUAUGCCAGGAACGAGUUCAAUAUGCACUCCAAGACCACCAUCGGCGUUGAGUUCCAGACCCAGACCCUCCAUAUCGACGGCAAGGAGGUCAAGGCCCAGAUUUGGGACACCGCCGGCCAGGAGCGGUUCCGGGCGGUCAUCUCCGCCUACUACCGCGGCGCCUUUGGCGUGCUCGUCGUUUACGAUAUUGCCCGCCGCACCACCUUCGAUAGUAUUCCACGCUGGCUCGAAGAACUUAACACUCAUUCUGAUACAACUGUUGCGAGGAUGCUAGUGGGCAAUAAAUGUGACCUGAACAACAUAAGGGCUGUAAGUGUUGAGGAGGGGAGAAGCAUUGCAGAAGCUGAAGGGAUGUUCUUUAUGGAGACGUCCGCGCUAGAUUCCACAAACGUAAAACAGGCUUUUGAGAUUGUUAUCCGCGAGAUAUAUAACAAUGUUAGCAGAAAGGUUUUGAACUCUGAUUCGUAUAAAGCAGAGUUAUCUGUCAAUAGAGUCAGCCUUGGUCAUAAUAAUAGUAAUGGAUAUGAUGAUGAUGGAUUGAAGCAGAACAAGAACAAGGCUUAUUCUUGUUGUUCUAGGUAGUUAACUGUUUGUCCAAGAAAAAGGUUUUUCGUUUGUUUGACUGUUUGGUGUUUCUGUAAUUUAUUGGUUUGUUUUAAAAUACCAGCAAUUUGUCAAUCACAUUUUAUUCAUACAUCUUUGUGUAAACAAACGAAUCAUUUCAUGAGUUAUGGUCAAUUCAAGUGAAAAUGGUAUUCUUUUUUAGUUUUU